CCUUCCAGUGCGACGCUCGACCAAUCAAAAGCCGGCAGCCGGUAGUUGCAACACAUAAAAGUGGGAACUUCCAAGCGCGGAGCGUAUUCUACAUUUUGUCACAACGGUGAACGUAUCGCUGUAUUUUCCGACUGUUUGAAAGGAUGGCUCGUACCAAGCAGACUGCUCGUAAAUCGACUGGUGGAAAGGCUCCACGUAAGCAAUUGGCCACCAAGGCUGCUCGUAAGAGUGCCCCGGCUACCGGUGGAGUGAAGAAACCUCAUCGCUACAGGCCUGGAACUGUCGCUCUUCGUGAAAUCCGAAGAUACCAAAAGAGCACCGAACUGCUGAUCAGGAAGUUACCAUUCCAACGUUUGGUUCGUGAAAUCGCUCAAGAUUUCAAGACCGAUUUGAGAUUCCAGAGCUCCGCCGUCAUGGCUUUGCAAGAAGCUAGCGAAGCUUACCUCGUUGGUCUUUUCGAAGAUACCAACCUGUGCGCAAUCCAUGCUAAACGUGUUACCAUUAUGCCAAAAGACAUUCAGUUGGCCCGCCGUAUUCGAGGAGAGAGAGCCUAAACAGCCUAUUUUUCUUCUUCUAUAAACAAUCGGCCCUUUUUAGGGCCAAAAUUCUCUUCAAUAUAGGAACUUCAGGUUUUCGACUGCGA